GUUUUUUCUUUUUCACAACGUCAUUCUCUCCGGACGGCCAUCUUUCGGAUUUCCCCAAAUUUCGCGAAAUCGAAUUGUUUGUACUACCACAAACCUAAAAUUUUCUUACUUUGAUUUGGUGGUGGGAAACAAUGGACGAUUAUACAAGAGAGAUGAUGGAUCUCAAGACCUUGGUCACUCGAACCCUCGAGAAGAAAGGUGUUCUCGCUAAGAUCCGGGCUGAGCUCCGUGCAAGUGUGUUUGAGGCAAUUGAAGAAGAGGAUAAAGUCAUAGAGAACAAUGAAGGUCUCCCUCCAGCUUUGUUGGGAAGCUGUAACGAUCGUGCAAGGCAGCUUCAUGCUUCUCCUUCAGGCAGGUUACUAUCUGCGUUGAUUUGUGAAUACUUGGACUGGGCACAACUAAAUCAUACUCUCAAAGUGUAUCAACCAGAAAGCAAUGUGCCAAAAGAUUCGUGGAAAUCUGAGCUGCGCGACUUUAGUAGCAGCAAUGGUUUUGAGCUCAACAGAAAUGGAGAUAGUGGACCUCUCCUUCUGGAUGUACUUGAAGGAUUCUUGAAGUUUGAGAGCAUGACGCAGGGCACAGGUGGUAGUUCAAGGAGAGAGUCAGAAACAGAGUCAUCAUCAAGCCUUGAGUCCAGAAAUCCUCCUCGCAGAUCAUCUGCUUCUGAUAGCUUACCUCCUCAACGAAGGCCGGUUUCUUCAUCUCAAGGAUCAGAUAGAAGAGCCGGGUUGUCUGCUUCUGGGUACAGAAAAGACGAAUUCAAUUGGAGACACGGUAAUCAAGAUGCACAUGAAGAGGUAUUGAGAGCUUCGGCAGCGCUGGAAAAUCUUCAGCUCGAUAGGAAAACUCGGAACUUAACAUCGUCUUGGAGGAAUGUGAGGGAUGGAGCAAAUGAAGAAGAAGGGAGAGACUGAUUUAGGGUUUGGACAAAAAAAUUCAGCCGCUGGAUUAGAUAAUGGUUUGUGUACGUGAGUGAUAUAUAUGUUCUCUAUUUGCAACUGCAUUUUCAUUAGCUUCUUUGUUUUCGCUGAACAUCUGUCUCCGUUAGAACUUUGGUUGUCCCUAAAAACAAAAUGAAUCAGUUAAAAAGUUUUAUUCUGAGUUGUUUUUGGGAAGAGAAGAGUUCACAAAGAAA